CGGUCUUUUCCAGCUGCAGCAUCAAUCCAGCAUUCGAACAGAUUCAAUGGGGCAGUAUGCUGCAGCUUUCUAGCGAAGCCAUUCGAUGAAGAAAGUCGGAUAGCGUUUGAAUAUUAGACUAAUAUUGAACGAGAAAAUGUUUUAAAACAUUAUUGCAUUGAUCUGCAGUAUUUUUUUUAAUACGGUCGUCGAAGCGCAGAUAAAUAACCUUAAGGUGAUAAACCUUUUUUUUCAGGCAGUUCAUCGUAAAACGUGCAAACUGCUUCUAUGAUGCGUUUGCUUUACAUUACUUUAUUCUAUGUUAAUUUCAUAUUGCAGUGAUUCUCAUUGUGUGAUUAUUGCCGAAAUCAAAUUCACGAGAUGGAAUGAAGACGUGCUAGCCGCACAGAUUGCUAACAAACGAUAACCUUCAAGCUUAUGUCAAUGACAGUUUACAUUGUCAAACGUUGGCUACCUGGUUCUAUUAUUUGACGUUUCAUUGUAACGGGAAAGACUUUGCAACGAGCCAUUCAAGUGGAACCCUGUGAAAUCACCUGCAUUUGGAUAUGUGUCUACUCAUUUGAAGAGGAAUGCAUGGACUUGAAGAUUUAAAGAACGGGGCGACACAUCACUUACUCUAUCGGACACUUUAUUUGAUGUGCAGCUUGGACUGUCACAGUUAGCCAACAUAGCUAACAUUAGUUCGCCAGUUUUUUCAAAAUUCUACUGUAAAUUCAUUUGUUAAUUAACAAUUCAACAGCUGAACCAAACAUGGCUUCUGCCGCUAGCAACCUUGCUGCAUCAAUUGCCAGUAAAACCAAAACGAAGAAGAAACACUUCGUGGCUCAAAAGGUGAAAUUAUUUCGCGCCAGUGACCCGCUCCUCAGUGUACUAAUGUGGGGUGUAAACCAUUCGAUUAAUGAACUCAGUCACAUACAGAUUCCCAUCAUGCUGAUGCCUGAUGAUUUCAAAGCCAACUCGAAGAUCAAGGUGGACAACCACCUCUUCAACAAGGAAAACAUGCCAAGCCAUUUCAAAUUCAAGGAGUACUGUCCCCUUGUCUUCCGGAAUCUCAGGGAGAAAUUCUCUAUCGAUGACCAGGAGUUCCAAAACUCUCUGACUCGGAGCGCUCCCAUCCCCAGCGAUGCUCAGGGCCGCAGCGGUGCUCGCUUCCACACGUCCUACAACAAGAGAUACGUCAUCAAGAUCAUCACCAGCGAGGACGUGGCUGAGAUGCACAACAUCCUCAAGAAGUACCACCAGUACAUUGUUGAGUGCCAUGGCAACACACUGCUCCCUCAGUUCCUGGGCAUGUACCGCCUCACAGUGGACGGUGAUGAGACAUACAUGAUCGUCACACGCAAUGUGUUUAGCCACCGCCUGGCUGUCUACAAAAAAUACGACCUCAAGGGAUCAACUGUGUCCAGAGAGGCUAGUGACAAGGAAAAGCAACCACGCCAACCCGAGGAGGGUGCUCCGCCUGCGCCCAAGUCUCGCAUGAGCCAAAAGCUGCAAACCAUCCGGAUCGCCACACGAUUUUACUGUGCCAUCAAACACACUAAAGAGCUCCCUACAUACAAAGACAAUGACUUCAUCAAUGAUGGCCAGAAGAUCUACAUUGACGAAGAAAGCAAAAGAAAUUUCCUGGAGAAGCUAAAGAAUGAUGUUGAGUUCCUGUCCCAGCUGAAGCUGAUGGACUACAGCUUGCUGGUGGGCAUCCAUGACGUGGAGCGUGGUGAGCAGGAGCAGCCCGAGGAAGAGAGCGAGGACAACGAUGCCGGGGAGGAGGAGGGGGCCGAGAGUGAUGGUGGGGCCACAGGCACUCCCCCGGACAGCCCCAGCAACACCCUGGACAGCAACAAGCCCCUCGGGCCCGGCGAGUUUGACCCCACCAUUGAUGUGUAUGCCAUCCGGAGUCAUGACAAUGCUCCUAAACGAGAGGUCUACUUCAUGGGAGUGAUUGACAUCCUCACUCCUUAUGACGCAAAGAAGAAAGCCGCUCAUGCAGCCAAAACAGUAAAGCAUGGGUCUGGGGCAGAGAUUUCAACCGUCAACCCUGAGCAAUACUCCAAGAGGUUCUACGACUUCAUCAGCACCAUCAUGUCCUAACCUGGCGUGAGCUAGAACUGUGAGUGGUGUUCAGCAGGGUUGGAUGGGGAGAGUGCAAGCAGCAAGCCCAGCAACCAAGCUUCUGCCCCAGGGGGACGGAACCGGCACACACCCAUCACCUUGGACCCCAAACCCAGGGCCGUUUACAUUUUUCCCUGUGUUUUAUUAUUAUUAUUAUUAUUAUUAUUAUUAUUAUUAUUAUUAUUAUAGUUUCUUCAAACUAUAAGGGUGGGAAGAUGUAAUAUGUGUCAAAUAUAUACCUGUAUGUUAGAUAUUGUUGAGUGGGAAUUUGAGUGAUGUUCUUGUGAGUUCUACUGUAUUUGACAUCCUCACUGGCAUUGUCAAAGCUGCUUUAUAUUAUGUUCUUUUUGUUUACUUUUUAAAAAUAUAUAUUGCUGAGAUGGUGUAUCUUAAAUGAACAAGCAUGUUGCUGUUUGCCUGUGGAAUUGAAAUAGCUAAGUGAUAUUCAUUUUAAGUUAAACAUUUCAGUAUAUUUUGUAUUUGGGAAUAGGAAAGAAGGGAAUAUUAGAGAAAGAGAUUUACAUUGUCAAACUAAACUCCCUCUGUGUCAUGAGGGCUUACACUCAGAGUGUAGAUUUUAUGGAUGUGUGCCCAUUUGAAAUGGACUCCAAAAAUGACAAUGUUAUACUUUGCACUUAUUCUAACGCACCAAACUGUUUAUGCAAAUGAAACUGGUUGCAGAACAAAACUAAAAGAAAUGCAAUAGUAGUGGUACUGUACUAUGUGUAUUAGUUCAUAGAAAGCUGUAAUCCACAUACCAUAUUGGCAUAAAAUCACAUAGUAUAGUCUAGAGAGUUGAAAAGAGAUAUGGUCUGUUGCGUUGCUGUUUUGUUUGUUUGUUUGCUUUUUUUUGGUCUUAUAUAAUACAAUAUAAUAUAUAUUUUUACCUUUGUUUUAAUACCAUAAGAACAAGUGUUAAUAUGUGUGCCAUUCUCUUGAUGGGAAUGCAAAACUUUUCAAGGAAUUCUAAUGCUUUGUGAAACAUUGCAGCACAUCAAAGAAUGAGAGAAUGUUGCCUAAAACAACAGGAUUUGUUCAUGUUUCUCUUUACGUAGUUAUAAUCUGGUGUAGUCUUGACAUAGUGUUAAGUGAAGUAUGUGGAUAUACUUGUUUUCCUCGGCAUUUUCAUUUGCAAUUCUAAGCAAUCCUAAAAAUACGCUACGUAAUGUUCUAAAUAUUUACACUGUGCGAGGGGUGUGCCUUUUUUUUUACUCUGAAUUGUUUAAUUUUAUAUUUCUUUUUUAAAAAUAAAAGAUUGAAUAUAUGUUAUUUUUUAAAAAAUGGAUAUAUAUAUCGAAAGAAUAUUGAGGUUGCUCUGCUAUUCUGGUGUAGACAUAGUGUAUGUUAACUUUGUGAUUUAUCAUUGAAUGUUACUCCUUAAGCUCAAUGAUCAAGCAAACCUUUAACAUGUUGACUUUAAUUGCUGUGGGUUCAUUGCCCGUUACUAGUCUACUUUAACAGCUUGUACCUGUUUUGCUGCUUCUGCCGAUGGCUGUCUAAAAUUGGAUUAUUGAACCCCGAAUUGUUGGAGUUCAUUGGUGUUUGUAAUCCCAUUGGACGUUGAAGAGUUUAAAGCUUGCACUACCCCUUCAAAACUUAUUUACAUUUACGUGUAGCUCAUACAAAAAUGAAACCCUCAGAUAUGUCAGGUGCAAUGGGUUUGCCAGAAGGUCUUUGUGGGGAAAAAUGUCUUUAUACAUAAAUUUGAACCUCUCAACUUUGACUUAAGAACUUAUCACUCAAAGUUGAACUCAUUUUUAGCAGUAGGUGAGCUCCGGCUUUAGUAAUUGACUUUGUAACCCUAUAUGCAUUGUAAAUUUAUAAAAGGUUACAGUAAGUUCACAUUGAAUAGGAGCAUCAAACUGACCCCACCCCCCAUGGUGAUAGUAACUUGUGGUUUUAAUUUGAGGAGGAGCAUGUAAAUGAUAAUGAGGUGAUGUACAUCAUCUAUCUGGUGAAAGGUAGAACAUUGUAAUCCAUUGUUGUCUAUGCAUCAUAGUUGUUGUGAAUUCAGUUGUGGGAGCCAGUGUCAAUCUCAUGUUCAUGUGCUGUAAUGCACCCCAUUCUCAAGACACUCAAUAAAACUGAUCAUUGCUCUGCCAA